AAUGUCAAACCAUAUUGUCAAAAGUCAAAGUUAUCGAUAUUGAUUGAUUGGCGCCAUUAUUUAUCCGAAUUUUCCUAAGUUAUUACAAUAUUCUGUUUUUGUGCUGCUCGUGUGAAUAUUGCAUAUACCAACAUAAUGGUAUACAAAAAGUGUUGUGUUGGUGGUUGCAAUACAACACAUGAAACGCACCGGCUUUUCAGCUUCCCUAGGAACGAUAAUUUAAGAAAUUUAUGGAUGUCUUUCAUAGUGCCGACAAAUCCCCAGCUCAUUGCACUUUCCAAAGAACAGUUACUUAACAAACAUGUCUGUGAAAAACAUUUUGAUAUAUUUCAGUUCGACAAUGAAGGUAGAAGACUUCGAUACUCUUACCCGUCCUUGCUUACCGACAAUGAAAUAGCUCAUGGUGUGCCUCUAAUUGCAACAGGAUGGGAUGUCACAACUGAACAUAAUUAUUGUAAAGUGCAAGAUGACGAUGAUUUCACAGAAGCUGUGGUAGUGAUUAGAAAGCCUGGAAGUGAUGUUACGAUUGAACACAAUUACUGCAAAGAGCAAAAUGAUUGUUCCAAAUCAUCGGUAGAGAUUGGAUCAUCAGAUGUUGGAAAUUCUCAUGAACAGCCUUCAUGUUCAAAUUUUUCAACUGUUGCAACAGUUGUAGAAAAUAAAGAUACAUUCCUGGAGCAACCUCCAAGUGCAAGUACCAAAGGCAUGGAGAUAGAUGUUCUCGAAGAACUCGUAGGUUCGGUGAAGAAAAUAGUAUCAAGGAAAAGAAAAUUGGUUAAAAUUUUGACUAAUAUUGCAACUGAAACUUUAAGUGACUCAGUAUCACAAAGACUUGAUCAAGCCCAAUCCCUAUCAAGAAAUAAAGACCUUUUGGAAAACUUUUAUUUGUUAAACAAACAAGCGCAGACUUUCUUGUUUAUGCAAUUAAAACAAAUUCAUAAAAGCAAAAUGGCCAGAAGGUUUACCUUAGAUGAAAAAUUAAUGGCGUUGCUCAUAAUGAAACAAAGCCCCAAAAGUUACAAACUAUUAGAAAAAAUGUUUGCCUUGCCUAGUAAACGGACAUUAAAUAGACUUUCUGAGAAGGUUUCAAUACAACCAGGACUCAAUCCAUUAAUAUUUGAACAUAUAUCAAAUACAACCAAAAAAUGGGACACUAAACAAAAGCUAUGUACAAUCGUUUUUGACGAAGUCUCUCUAACACCACAUUUAACUUUUAAUGAAAAAGAUGAUAUAAUUAAUGGGUUUGUAGAUAUAGCUGGAGAGAGAAAACUGAAAUAUUGUGAUCAUGCUUUAGUUUUUAUGCUAAGAGGAAUAUGCUCUCCAUGGAGACAGAGUGUAGCAUUUUAUUUCUGUGAAGGCACAGUAUCAGCAGCAGAGCUGCAAUGCAUUUUAAAACAGAUUGUGCCCCAAGUGAUACGAACUGGGUUAAUACCUUUAGGUCUUGUUUGUGACCAAGGGUCCACAUUUCGAACAGCAAUAAGAAGACUUAGGGAAGAUACAAUUCGUAGGCGGAAUAUUCAAGGUGUUCAUGAUGAUGGAUCGGUUAAUAUUGCUGAUCACGAUUUAAGCAUAUUUUUUGACCCACCUCAUCUCUUAAAGGGUUUAAGGAAUAAUUUUUUAAAUAAAGAUAUAAUUUGGGAAGAAAAAACUGCCUCUUGGAAAGAUAUUGAGUUCAUUUUUGAUUUGGAUAGCAAAUUGGGGCACACAAGGGCACUACCAAAGUUAACGGCUCAUCAUGUUGAUCGCCAAAAGAUCAAAAAAAUGAAGGUCAGCGUAGCUGCUCAAGUAUUUAGUGCUCGAACUGCUGCUAUGCUCAAAUAUACAAAUGCACUCAAUUAUUUUCAUACUGCAAACUCUGACGCAACAAUGGCCACAACAGCAGAAGUUGUUGAAUUCUUCGACACACUGUUUGACAGCGUCAAUGGCUACCCGGGUGGUGUGCAAAGAGGAAAGUUAAGACGAGCGGUUAAACAAAAUUCACAACAUCACACUUUUUGGAUUGAGGCCAUUAAUAAAAUUAAAAAAAUGGUUUUUGUAGACACCAGUAGCAAACACGCUACAAAAGCAGGAAAACCUCGACUUGUGCGAGUGCCAUCCCAACAAGGAUGGAUUACAACUCUUGAAAGUUUUAUAAGGGUCUCCAAAUUGUUAUUUGAACAGUAUAAUGUAGAAUAUUAUUAUCCGAGGAAUAUUAAUCAAGACCCAUUAGAAAAUUUUUUUGGCCGUAUAAGAGCUAUAAAUUAUAGAAAUGUUAACCCAGAUGCAAACACAUUUAUAUAUGCCUUUAAAUCUUUGAUGUUAUCUAACAUGCUUAGUCCACAUUCCAAAUUCUCUAACUGUGAAGAGGAUAAUGGAGAAACAUUAUUAAAUGUUAGUCUUCUUUUUAAAAACCUUCAUAAUAAUAAAGAAAAUGACUCGGAAAACACUGUCAGUGUUUCGCGAGAUCUCCCAUCUUGUUCACAAGCAAGUUCAAGAGAAAAGUUGCUGGUGAAUGAUGUAGUCAUGGAAAAAAUCAAAGUCCACUGCUCAGCUUACACUGCUGGAUACAUUUGUCGGAAAAUAACGAGAGCGAUUCGUUGUAAGGAUUGCAUCAAAACAUAUAUUAGCAGUACGGAGACAAACAUUCACUCUUACAUUAAAUUUAGAGAGUAUAAAUUGUUAAAAAAUAAUAAUUUGGCAUACCCUAACGAAAAAUUCCUUAUCUUGUACAGGGAUGGUACUCACUUUAUUCAUAACUAUUUGAAUUAUAGCUGUAUUGGAAGUAAUAUAAAAAGUAAUUUGAAAAGAAAAAUAUUGAGCACUUUGAGUUUUUCCUGCCUAGGGUGUGAUAAGCAUGCCUUAAUUGUAAAAAACUUUUUCACCAAUAUUUUAAUUAGAUUACAUGGACACAAUUGGUGCAACAUAAACAAUAAAAUAUUGAAGGGUGAUAUUGAUGAAAAAUAUGUAUCUAAAAUGGGUGAACCCCAAAAAUUGGCCUUAAAGAAGUAUAAAAGUCUUAGGUU